GUUUAAGUGGAGGGUGACUCGCCGACCUGUCUCUUUUAACACUCUGGAAAAUUUGGUUCUUUGGUCGCUGUAAAACAGUGAUCGUAAGUACAUUUCUGUGUGAACAAUGCAGGAGAUGAAAAAGCCAUUUCUACUUGGAAUCUGCUCGUGGAUCACUUUGUGCUCGACUCUACUGCUGUUUUUUGGACAGUGCGCUAUGGCUCAGAUCAGAUACUCUGUUCCGGAGGAGGUGAGGGACAAAACUGUGGUUGGAAAUGUUGCAAAGGAUCUUGGUCUUGAUGUUGCCUCUUUGGGUGAGAGACGGUUCCGUAUUUCUGAAACAAAGGACGCUAUUUUUGCUGUAAACGCUGAUAAUGGCGCUUUGUGCGUCCACGGCCGCAUUGACAGAGAGCAGCUGUGUCAGGGCAGCGGUACGUGUCUGAUGGAGCUGAAGGUUCUGGUGGAAAACCCUUUGGAAGUUCACUAUGUGGUUGUCGAAAUCACUGAUGUAAACGACCACGCACCGGCCUUCCUCGAAAAGGAUCAGUUGUAUGAAAUCGCAGAGCACACUUUACCCGGAACACGAUUUCCUCUACACUCUGCGCACGACCCAGACGCAGGAAUUAAUUCCAUUCGCACUUAUAUUUUGUCUGCAAAUGAACAUUUUGACAUUAAUAUUCGAGAAAGUGAUGGCGAGAAAACUCCUAUUUUAGUUCUAAAGAAAUCUCUGGACAGAGAAAACAAAAAUGAACACUUUCUCGUUGUGACUGCGAUCGAUGGAGGUAAACCUCAAAAAUCAGGGACCUUAAAUGUUACUAUUGUUGUUUUAGACAGCAACGAUAAUAAACCAGUGUUUGGUCAAGAGGUGUAUCAAAUUUCCAUAAGUGAAAAUGUUGAAGUAGGGACAGUUGUCUAUAAAAUUAAUGCUACUGAUCUGGACGAAUCUAAAAAUGGUGAAGUGGAAUAUAGAUUAAGAAAAACAUUGCACCGAAAAAUUUAUGACGUUUUUGAAUUGGACAAAGCAACAGGAGAAAUUCGUGUAAAGGGAAAACUUGACUACGAAGACGGGGAUGUGUUUAAAUUAGACAUAGAGGCUUCAGACAAAGGCACACCCCCACUCACAGGCGAAUGUAGAGUUGUAAUUAAAAUAAUUGACAAUAAUGAUAAUUCACCUGAAAUAGACGUGACUUCUCUGUCAAACACAGUGUCUGAAGACUCCAAACCAGGGACAGUAGUUUCUCUCAUUAGUGUAACAGACAAAGACUCAGGCGUCAAUGGUAAAAUCAUCGCGCACAUAACAAACAACGUGCCUUUUGAGCUAAAACCCUCGUAUAAAGAAAACACAUAUUCAGUUGUCACUAAGGAUUUCCUGGACAGGGAGGAGGUGUCAAAUUAUGACAUAACAAUAAAAGCCACUGACUGUGGAGAGCCUCCUUUAUCCACCACUAAAACUCUGAGUAUUCAGAUAUUAGAUGUAAACGACAACAGUCCACAGUUUGGACAAAACCCUCUGUACUUUUAUAUUGUAGAAAAUAACGUGUCAGGGACGUCACUGUUCUGUGUAACUGCAUCAGACAAAGAUAAGAAUGAAAACGCAGAUAUUUCCUACAGCAUUGCGCGCACAGGACAGGAGAAGGACGUGGCGCUCUUUUUAAACGUGAACGCGGAAAAUGGUCAAAUCACUGCGCUGAAAAGCUUUGACUUUGAGACAUUAAAGUCGUUCCAGUUUCAAGUGGUGGCCUCUGACUCUGGGACUCCGUCACUGAGCAGCAACGUGACAGUGCACGUGUUCAUUCUGGAUCAGAACGACAACGCUCCAGUCAUUCUGUAUCCAGUCAGCUCUAACGGUUCUGCUGAAGGAGUGGAGGAGAUCCCCCGCAAUGUGAACGCGGGACACUUGGUGACUAAAGUCAGGGCCUAUGACGCUGAUAUCGGAUAUAACGGCUGGCUGCUGUUUUCACUGCAGCAAGUGACUGACCACAGUCUGUUUGGGUUGGACCGCUACACAGGACAGAUCAGGACACUUCGCUCAUUGACAGAGACAGACGAGGCCGAGCACAAACUCGUCAUACUGGUCAAAGACAAUGGCAACGUGUCCCUGUCAGCUACAGCUACUGUGCUUGUCAAAGUGGUGGAGCCCAGAGAGGCUUUUGCAGCUUCUGAUGUGAAGAGCUCCACUAAAGACUCUGAGGACACUAAUGUGACUUUUUACCUCAUGAUAACUCUGGCCUCGGUCUCAGCUCUGUUCAUUAUCAGUAUCAUUGUGCUGAUUGCAAUGCAGUGCUCCAAGUCCAGCACUGACUACACGUCCAAGUACUUACAGGACACAAACUAUGACGGGACUCUGUGCCACAGCAUCCAGUACAGAUCUGGAGACAAACGCUACAUGUUAGUUGGACCCAGAAUGAGCGUAGGAUCCACUAUAGUCCCAGGGAGUCAAGCCAACACACUGGUGCUGCCUGACAGGAGGAGGCCCUCUGAAGAGGUACGCUUCCGUAUGGCAGUGGAGGAUUAGGUGGCAAGCUGUGUGUUGAGCAUCACCUUCAUCUUGUGGCAAAGUCAGUGUCCAUCCAUGGCUGUCUGGACGUGCACUGUAGUAGGCUACACUCUCACUGUGCUUUUCUGCUGUAAUUACAACUAUUUCUGUAAAUAUCCACAAAUGCAUGUUGACAAUAGUAUUAAUUAGAGUAUGGAUUGUGAUUUGUAAAUGAAUCAUUCAUUAAAACUUAAGAUCUUUGAAAACAAUAUGUUUGCUUUCUGCUAAGGGAAUAGUUCAGUGUUUCAGUUUGUGUAUUACCUAGAAGUGGAGAACAUUGCUAACAGGGACUAAACUACUUUCAUAUGAUAUUUUUGAUGCAUUAUAUUAAGCUCCUUAUUACAAAAAUAAGGUCUGAGUAAUACAAUGUGAUAUGUUGGAUAACUGAAUGUAUACCUUUUCUUGCAUGCUAAAUGUUACGUUCAACAAAAGCAGUAAUGUAUCUUGCUUCUUGGACAAUGAACAUGGACUGAUUUUAUACUUUUGUUUGAUAUUGCACAAGCCACAUGUGUUAAGGGCUUUGUAAUGCUGGUGGUGUCAAGUGAUGUGCCAUGUCUUGGGGUUACUUUUGGCAAAGCAAAAGAGUGAUGUAAAAUACUUCUCAUUUUCUUACUGUGAAGUUUACUCCCUGUUAUAUUUUCUGCCAUGUGCUUUUAGAGGAAGGAGCAUGUUAUAAAAGUAUAAUUUAGGUAAUACACUGU